AUGGCUACUAAGGGUGCCAAACCUAAGCUUAUUGCCUAUCUGAUGUUUUUGCUUGGAUUGGUUGCGAUCGGUACUGGAUAUUAUAUGGCUUUGAUAAUCCGAGGUAAUCUGGCUCACCAGAAAAAGGGUUGUUUCUGUGUCUCGCUGCAAAUGUUGGCCGUCGUUAGAACAACUUGCUUGACUUCCAUACCUACACCAUCGGCAUUUUCAUGUAUGACCGAGUCAGACGAUCAGCUCAAGAGGUCAGGCCAACAGUCAUGUCUUAUAUGGCACGGCACACACAAUACCAGGGUCUGCAACCACGCGACACUGACUGGCAAGACGCCGCGCAUGAAGAAUAUUGCAUCGAUUGCCAUGUCUUUGAUAGACGACCUAGAUAUCCUAUCACGACAACAGAUGAUCACCGCUGUGUUAUCUCUCCACCUGAGACGGACGGGCAGAAAUGACACCUGGUGA